AUGCCAAUGCGGUCCACUAACGAUAAAGAGGUUGACGUGGUCGAUCUGGACCGUCUCUUCGAAGAGUAUGUUCAAACAGACUUGCUCAAUCAUUUCGGCGACUGCAACCCCAAACAAUCAAGCUCGGGUGAACCAAAGCAUCUUUUUGACUCAGUUCUGUCGAAUGAGAGCCAGCUUUUUGGCACUGGGCCUAUACUUGAUCGGGAAACGCAGGCUGCUUGGCACAAGGCUCUCGAAAAGUACGAACAAAACCCAACCCUGUUGCGAGCUGAGGACUCUAUCUCAUCUUCUUACGUUACUUCGUCUACUGGUAAUGAAUCUUUCAGCGAUUCUGAGUUGCUAAACCUUGACGACUUCUUUGAACUAGAAAGGAAGCAAUCGAGGUCCAUCUCUCAGCCUCCUACAACUCGACCCCACACUUCCGGACGAUCUGUUAAAAAGGCUGUAUCGAUCUGCAAUCAACUGAGACACCGUGGUAUCUCAAAGACCUCUAAAAGGUUGCAUGCUUCGACUUUCACAAAGAUGAUGCAAUCGUAUCAACACCAACCUUCAGCUGGCAAUACGUGGACCCGCAAGACGGACAGUUCAACGAAUUCAUUCACAGGAGCCUCAUCACAUGGCAUUGCUUCGCCCCCGCUAUCAACCAAGGCCAAAAGCAAUGAGUUUUUCGUCCAGGGGCAUUAUCAGACCUAUGCCGAUAACUAUUCUAACCUACCAAACAACGGAUCUGGCUUCCUUAAUUACCAAUUGACGCCUUGCGCAUCGCCAGCAAUUGGAACCCCUAGCAUCAGCGGUAGCGGCUUCGAUAGUGGUACGGGGCUCACCUCUAGCUCUUCCAGUGCGCCAAGUGCGGCUCUCUCAGCCUUGCAGACCCCGCCCUCUUCUCUCCAAUUAUCUAUGACAACGUGGGACCCUAACACAUCACCAUCUCUGGAUGCCGGCUUCUCAGCCUCGUGUGAUUCUACCGACAGCACACAAACUACAGGCUGGUGGGAUGGGAACGUUUCCGCCAGUCACCCUCUCCAUUCGACCAGCUUCAGCCAAAGCAACUCACUAUCCACAAGCCAGAAUAUGAGAUCGGAAGGAUUGGGAGUAUCUUGCGGAUCGGCUCCGUACGGCUUUGGUACUGUGCACGAUGGUUUUUCUGCCUCCAGAACCUGGGCUGCAUUUGACAUGGUUAACUAUGGUGUCAUGUACAAUACGCCGUCUCACCAACAGCGACAGCAUCACGCGCAACACCACGUCGCCCCUAUCAGUCAGUCAGUCUCGCGCUCUCCUUCGCCACGCGCCGAAAAACGCUUUCAUCGGCUGUCGCACGCAUCUAGCCACCGCAUCAGCCAGUCGUCAAUGAGACGCAAAUUUAGCAACACUUCCCAGCAAUCCUCAAGGCAGAUGAGCACAAGUAAUGGUGGAGUUGGUUUCGUAAACUUCACGCCAGAUGACAGCCGCAAGAUCCUCACAGGCGUGGCACCCAGCGGGUCCAGCAAAACUAAAGCACGGCGGGAGAAAGAAGCCGCCGACAAGCGACGGAAGCUUAGCCGCGCAGCGGUGAAGGCUGUAAUAGAAGCUGGUGGUGAUAUCGAUAGCUUGAGAAGAUUGGAAAGGGAGGGCGUGCUGGUUAUGGACGGUUAA